AUAUGUGUUUAUAAUUUUUGCAUAUUAUACUUGGGUUAUAUACGAUAAAAUAUAUACAAUUAAUGAGAUACAGUACUUACAGCAGCAAACCUCACAAUGCAGCAUUUGUAUUUGUGGCAAACCUCACAAUGCAGUUUAGAGAACUUUCCAUUUCAUAUGUUCAGUCAUUUAUCCUAUUCUCUCUUUAUUACCUAGCAGGCUCUUGCAACAGAUGCAGAAGUCUUCAGUGAAAAAGAACUGGAGAUAAAAAUAUUGCAAGAUCAGAUACAAAAGCUGAUACAAGAAAAUCGUGAAUAUCUGGAAUCAUUAAAGGAAGCACAAGAUACAAAUAGGUUACAGAAUGAAAAAAUGGUAGAGCAACGACUUAUAAUUAACCAGCUAAAUGACAAAUUGGACAAAAUGGCAAAAGCAUCUGCCUCUAAUGGUGCUUCUGGGGAUGGACCAGCUGCAAUAAUAUCAACUAAAAGGCCCUAUAGUGUCCCAUUAACUAAAAGUUUGAUGCAGAUGAAUAACAUACCAUUAAGAUUGGAUUCUCGAAAGGUACACACAAGCCCUCCGAUGUAUUCCUUAAGUAAAGUUAUAGCUGGAUUUCAGACCCGUAAUCAGAUCAUGUUGGAUCACAUAGAAGAGCAAGAUGAAGUCCUUCAUUAUUGCUUUUCUGAUCACAGUGAUGAUGAUGAUGAUGAAAACAAUGCCAAGACUAGAAGGAGAUUCAGAUUUAGACGUUCCUUAAACCGUACAUGGACACGGAAGCAGGCUCCUUCUACCUAUAUAACUGAAGGAAAAGACGUACAACAAAAUGCCUGUUCAGAAAUUGGAAAUCUUUCAUCAACAGAAGCUGUUACAGAUAAAGAAGGUGCAGAUAUUGAAUUGAUCAAGAAAAGUCAGAUACUAAAUGUACAAAAGUUAAAGAAUUCAGAGCUAAAACUUAUUGCUGCUAAGCAAAAAAUGAAUGAACUUACCCUUAAUAUCAGAAUGAAAGAAGAACUUAUUAAAGAAUUGGUCAAAACAGGUAAUGAUGCUCGAUCUGUAAGCCAGCAAUAUUCUCUGAAAAUAACACAGCUGGAGCAUGAAGCAGAGCAGGCCAAAAUUGAUUUAGCAGAAACACAAAAGCAGCUGCAAGAGUUAGAGAACAAGGAACUAAGGGACAUUGCUGAAAAAGCCAGAUUACAGAAAGAAUUCAGAAAAAAGAUGGAUGUAGCAAAACUGAAAGUUCAGGUCAUACAGCAAAAACAGCAGGAAACUAAGAAUCUAGCAUCAUUAUCUACCCAGAAUGAGAAACGUAGAUCAGAACUAGAACAUAAAGGUGCAGAUAUUGAAUUGAUCAAGAAAAGUCAGAUACUAAAUGUACAAAAGUUAAAGAAUUCAGAGCUAAAACUUAUUGCUGCUAAGCAAAAAAUGAAUGAACUUACCCUUAAUAUCAGAAUGAAAGAAGAACUUAUUAAAGAAUUGGUCAAAACAGGUAAUGAUGCUCGAUCUGUAAGCCAGCAAUAUUCUCUGAAAAUAACACAGCUGGAGCAUGAAGCAGAGCAGGCCAAAAUUGAUUUAGCAGAAACACAAAAGCAGCUGCAAGAGUUAGAGAACAAGGAACUAAGGGACAUUGCUGAAAAAGCCAGAUUACAGAAAGAAUUCAGAAAAAAGAUGGAUGUAGCAAAACUGAAAGUUCAGGUCAUACAGCAAAAACAGCAGGAAACUAAGAAUCUAGCAUCAUUAUCUACCCAGAAUGAGAAACGUAGAUCAGAACUAGAACAGAAUAUUAAUCACAUGAAAAAUCAACAAGCCCAAUUACAGAAAAAAUUGCGGGAGGAGAGUGAAAAAAAGAAAAUACUGGAAGCAGGAAUUCAGCAGGAUCAAUCAAAAAUCAAGGAACUUCAGCAAAAGACAGAACAGCAGGAGAAGAUUCUAAAGCUAAAGGAUGAAGAGAUUGCUGCAUUUAAGAAAAGAAACUCAACUGGGACUCCCCAACAACUGCAGAAAUUAGAAGAGAAAAAGAAAUGCUUAGAUGAAGAACUAGAAAAGAUUUUGCACCAGCAUCAAGAGUUAGCUGCUUUGGAGGAAGAUUUAAAAAGAAGAGAAGCGAUUAUUUUAAAGAAGGAAACACUGAUGCAGGAGAAAAGCCAUUUGGAAAUUAAAAAACUCAGAUCCAGCCAGGCUCUCAAUGAAGAUAGUUUGAAAUUAUCUACCCGUCUAAGUAUGUUAGAUCAAGAACUUUGUGACAAAAAUAAGCAGCUUCAGAGGAGUGCCACUGAUGAACAAGGGAAGAUUUUUGAAGAGGUUCAGGCUUUGCAAAAAGAAAGGGAUCAGCUGUUGAAAAGAAGAAAUAGCGUGGAUGAGAAAUUAAAGAAUGGCAGAGUGUUAUCACCAGAAGAAGAGCAUGUUUUAUUCCAGCUUGAGGAAGGAAUUGAAACCUUGGAAGCGGCCAUUGCUUAUAAGAACGAAAGUAUACAAAACCAUCAAAACUCAAUCAGAGUCUCCUCACAGAUUCUUACACAAAGUGAAGCCAGUGUGAUGGGAAAGUUGGUAUCAUUGUCCACAACUGAACUGCGUGCAAUUCUUUUAAAGUAUUUUAACAAGGUUGUUCGACUCCGUGAGAGUGAACGUAAAUUGCAACUGCAGUCUGAAGAACUGAGAAUGAGGGCAAUGGAACAAGAAAAUAUAAUAAGAGAACUUGAAUUGGCACUUGAACAUCUCAUGCUGCAAUGUGACAGGCGCCUCACCCUUCAACAGAAAGAACAUGAACAAAAGAUUCAGUUGAUACUACUUCACUGUAAAGACCAAGAAGGUGAAAAUACUGCAGAAACUAUUAAAGUCUAUGAAGCUAAAGUUCAGCAGUUGGAACGAGAUUUGUUUUUUUAUAAGAAAACCAGCCGAGAGUUAAAGAAGAAAUUAAAGGAUCCUGUUGGGGAAUCAACGUAUCACUCUUUAAAACAAACUAAAUGUUAUGCUUCUAAUGAGGGGAUGCUAAAUCAAGAAGAAACAAGUAUUUCUUUAGAAGAACAAGGACAGAGACUCCAAACUGUAGAGAAAUCAAAAGAAAUAAACUGCACUGUAGGUGAUAUAGGAACACAGCAGACUUCAACCGAGACACUUGAGGAGGAAGCUAUAGAAGCAGUACUUUCUACCUCUAAUAAUCGUGAGGAGCCAACAGGGAAAGUACAACAUUUCACAAAAUCUCAUUCACAAGCAUUUAGUCACUCACAGACAGGCAACCCAGUGACCCAAUUUCAAGGACUAACUCCAGUAAAAUUUUCCCGUAAAGAAUUACGCCAUAUCCCAGCUGCUGAGCUUUCAUCAAGACGAGCUACUAUAAAUUCGGUUGCUGCAGAUUCCAUUGAAAUGCCUAGAAAAUCUUAUGACCAUACUAUGUAAUUCAGAUGACAAUUCAGAAAGUAAUUUUGCAAUUUCUUAUUUUUCCACAUUAUUUCAGGAAGUUAUGAUGUUUGUGUAAAUUAUUGUUAGCAGUUAUUCUUCACCUUGGUCUUUCAUUUUCCUUUAAAGAAACCUAAUUCCUUUUUGGCAUUGGUAUGGUAGUAUAUAAAGGGGAACAAUAAUUUUGUCUUUAAAGAAUCUUUUUACUUACAUUUUUAUUAAUACAUUUCUUUAUUCUUUUAAUACUGUGCAGCAUUAUACUGUUCUAAAUAAUAUAGAGAAUUGGUUCACACAAUCCUGGUAGCAUACUAAUGAGAACAAAGAAAGCAUAAAUAACAAGGUAUUCAAUACCUUCCAUGAUUAUGAAAAAAAAGCCCCAUGGUGCAGAAAGGGCUAUCAUUUUAUAUGUAAUUGAUAAUUUUUAGAUAAAUCAAUUGCCCUGAUAACCAUAUAGAUAUGGACAGCAUACAAUGAAAUAGAAAUAUCCUUUAAAAACUAUUUUUCUAAAAUAUUAAGUAGUUAAAAGGAAAAAAUGAAAAUCCCUCAUUGCUAAAACUUACAUUUAAAAUAAAUACAUGCUUGCAUCUCAAAUGCAAACUUUAUUAAUAACUUACUUGGCUAUAAAAGUCAUAUUUGAACUAGGCCUGGAACUGUUACCAGUAUAAUUUUUAUACCAUUUUCCAAGUAAAUGUUUUUAUUCCUAUAAUCAACAUUAAAUCUGUUUCAGUGAUUGUUUAUACAAACAGGGAUGAACUCAGUCAAAUGAAUUUAAGCGUAAUAAAAAAUAUUUUGCUAUGUCAGAGAAUAUCUGUACAUCCCAGUGUUUAACCCUACGUGAAGUUAAACCUACUAAUAAAAAUAAAGCCAGAGACUCUUUACAAACCCUUUCAAAAUAUUUGGAUCCUGAGUCACUCUUCUAGGAAUAGAAGUUAUUCCUAUCCAAUAAAAGCUCCUGCCGGUGAAAGGGGCAGAGGUAAAUGUUGAUUUCCUUUUAUCUCUGGAGAGACUCUAUAGAAUAUACCAGAUUUUCAGACAUCUUUCUACCAAGAACUAUAUUUGUUUGUGUAUGGUACCUUUGUGUAUAAGUAGUUUCACAACCAGAAAUACAGAUUAUCUCUGAAAUGCAAUUUUAGAAGCAUUAAAUACUAUUUUAAAGUUGAAAUCAUCUGAAAAAUGUAAUUGCUUGACUGGUUAAAUUCAGAGCAUGUGGGAAUGGUGUUUUGGUAAGGCUUGGAGACUGCUUUGGCUUCUCCUAUCAGCAGUAGUGUUUAAGCUUGGGAAUUUUUAUCUAGGCUAUUAUUUUAUCCAAACUGAACUUUAGCCUUCAGAAACCAAAAAUAUAAGCAGACUUAUUAAGAGAGGAACACCCUAAGAUAUCUCCUUGGAUAAAAAGUUAAGAAAUGAUGGAUAGCAAUUCUGUGUUUUAGUUAUUUCCACAAAAAAAGAAACAAAGUAAAAAUGCUAAGAGUAUAAUGCACCAGCAUAUUUGCUCAAACCAGAUCAAUGUAUUAGAACUGAGUUGAAAUAACUUGAUAGUGGUGAUAUUUUUAGCUGUGUUUCUUCUAUUUAUUUUUUUUAGUUUUGUUGAUUGUUUUUGCAUAUGAUCUGAGAUUGAAAUAGUUUAAAGUUAGUGAUACAUUUUAUAUUUAGAAACUUGUAAACCCGAAUACUUUGCUAAAUGUGAGGUUGUAAUGUUUCCUUUAUUCAACAACACUGGAAUAAGUAAUGACUGAAAUGAGAAAUACUGUGUGGCCAGAAUUUUAUGGGAAAGGCUAUACAUAGCCACUAUUUUCAUUGCUUUUCUUGAUAUACACACAC